AUGCGGGACGGGAUGCCUGUGCGCGAGCGCCCAGCUGUCCACUUGAGAUGGAGUCUCACUCUGUCACCCAGGUUGGAGUGCAGUGGCAUGAUCUUGGCUCACUGCAACCUCCGCCUCCCAGGUUCAAACGAGUCUCCCUUGCUGCUCCUGUGGGCUUUGGGAAACCAACAAGGGCUCGUGUUUAACGAGGCUGCCUGCUCAUCCAUCACGCAAGGCCCGUGCACUGUGAUGACAGCCGCUGCCAAAGAUGAGAUCCAGUCUCCUGCCUCACCCUCCCAAGUAGCUGGGACUACAGGUAAGCAUCACCACAGCCAGCUAAUUUUUGUAUUUUUAGUAGAGACAAGGUUUCAUCAUGUUGGCCAGGCUGGUUCUGAACUCCUGACCUCAGGUGAUCUGCCCGCCUCAGCCUCGCAAAGUGCUGGGAUUACAGGCCUGAGCCACCGCGCCCGCCCUCCUGCUGCCCCUUGA